UCAAUCAAUGGGUUCCCGUCAUGAGUUGUAUUUAUUCAUGUGAAUUCCUGGAGGUUAAAAGUAUAGGUUUCUUAUAUAUUCAAAUAUUUCAUAAACAUUCUAGAAUAUAAACGUUACAGGUAAAGGCCAUCAUAUAAUGGAUAACUGCGAUGAUAGACUAUAUACUUUUCAAAACUGGAAAUACAAAUCUUCACCUUUAAAGUUGGCUGAAGCUGGGUUCUAUUCGACAGGUUACCAUGACAUAGUGAUGUGUUUUAGCUGUGGAACAUCUUUACGUUACUUUAAGGAAGAUGACGAUCCAACGCUGAUACAUGAAGAAAUAUCAAAGAUGUGCCCUUUUCUGACAAAUAGGCCAGGAUUGUCUUUACCUGCUGCAGUAUCAUUAGAUGUCACAAGAAAAGCGUCGUCUGAUAUGUCCAUAUCGGAAUUAGAAGAGGACAACUGGCGACGACGGGCCAUGUUGGAGUGCCGGGUCUGCAAAGAGCGGCCGGCCUGCAUGUUGAUGAUACCCUGUGGUCAUAGGGCUGCCUCUAUGGAGUGCGCACCGAAUACAAGCACGUGUCCGGACUGUGAAAGGGAGGUCACAAAGACAGUGAAGACUUACAUGGCGUGAAUGUUCUAAUUUUUUAUAGUUACAUGAACGCUAUAUAUAGUAUGUUGACUCACUCAAAGGUUUUUAAUAGCAAUCCAUGGAAUUCCAGUAUAUUUAUGUUUAACUUUCAACUUUUAGCUAGUCUAUGUGGUUUUUCAUGUACAUAGUGGGAGUAUCAAAAACAUGCUGUAAUUGAUAAAAGGCUGAUUUUAUUUAAUAAUAUAAAGUAUAUAUUUACUAACGAAAAUACUAAAACAUUUCUUAAUAAAAUAGUGAAUAUGGUCUACUUUUGUGAAUAUUUUGAAUAAGGAUGUGUUUUCUAAAUUCAUAAUGAUCUACUUUAUAAUAACUUGGAUUGGCAGGUAAGACAUUUAACAACGCAAUCGAUCCUGGUAAAACGUGUCAAUUUGUUGUACUAUAUUAAACCGGAUAUUUAUAAUAAAUGAAAUACCCGUGUGAGGUAUUUUGCUAACGUUAAACCAUAUUAAACCGUUUUCAAUUUUUACGACAUACUUGCUAUGUCAAAGAGUCUUUCAAUUUGUUUAAACUGAAUAGAGAACAUGGUUUUAAUAUCAUUAUACAUAUUAAGCAUGUCUUUGUUAGAUAAUACUGGAUGUAUGGCCUAAAUGGACAGGUAAAACUUUAAACCCGUUUGAAACCGGAAUAAAUUAUUAUCUUAUGAGCGGUGAUUCGAUUAGACAAAAAUUGGCAAAGGGGAUGGUUCUAAUGCUAAAACAUGGGGCUUUUAAAGACCGUUCAAAGAAUUUUCAAAAUGUCAAGUUAUAUAAAAACUUUAAUUGUACAAAAGAUCCAAGAUUAUAGAAUUUUGCCCUUAUUUGAAAACUGAAAAAGUUCCAGAAAUUCUAAAAAUAUCCUAAGGAACUUUCUCUCGAUAUCUAAAAAUGUAUUGUUUCUUCUAAAACUCUGUACUUUGAAUUAUUGGACAAUUCUAAAACAUUAUCAACAAAAGCUUGGCAAAUACAUGUGGAAUUUAUAUUUUAUAUUGUUAAUAUUAAUGAAUCUAGGUUACUAUGCAGAUGAAACAAGAUUUUAAAACAAAUAACGGUAUCUAUACUAGUAAUAAUAUGUAAGUAUUAUCGAUUUGAUUGAGAUUGUUCAAUGAUUGCAAUGGUAGGAGCAUUUCUAACAACGCCUUCUAGAACCGACUCAAUCAUUUUUCAUUAAUAGUGUAUUUCGAAGUAUCACGUAUAAAUUAACCAGUCGCACAACCAGUUGACAUAUUAAAGGACUAUAUUUUGUGAGUAUAUAAAAGCAUUUCAUUGUUGUGCAUGCAUUCGCAAUGAGCACAAUGUGUAUAAGGAAGGUUUAAAGACAUUUCAAUUGGCUCGUGGAUAUUCGUUCAAAGUUUUAGAUGAAAUCAAUAUAUAUUUCUAAAUCAUGCUUUUGCAAAAAUAAAUUGUUUUAAAAAUUAGUUGCUCUAAAAAUAAAUAAUUUGUACAUAUAAUGAAACGUGCUUGAUGUUUGACUGAAUUGCCUGAAAAAUGAAUAAUUACAGUUUUCAAAAUAUUACUUGUAUGUUUGUGUAUUCCACCAAGCGCAUGCUUUACAAACCAAUUUGGUAUUGGCUUUUGACUUGCUGACAUAAUUUUGGUCAUUUCUUUAAGGACAAAGUUGCAAGAAAGAGACCAUGCAGAACAGAAACGUUCCUCAAAGAGAACUGUCCAUGCAAGGAUUUGCAAGGACCAACAAUUGGUUCAAUGGUACAGAAUGGGCAAGAUCGGGGUUUUCCAAACACGGCGAUUUUCUGCGCUGUUUCUGCUGCAGUAGCAUUAUACGCCCAACGCAAGGCGAUGAUCCUUGGAAAGCCCACGCCACGUGUGCCAGAUUUCCGCACUGCAUGAAUGUGAUUGUUGAAAAGGGAAUAAACUUCAUAAACCAGGCAUACGUUACGGAAAACGAUGGGUUUUGGGCACCAAGUAUUGUUCAGCGCUGUCGAAUGUCAGUGAACUUCAGGAAUGUUGUAAAUAUUCGAGCUGAGGAGUUUGAACGUGGAAGAGAAGUUCAAAUAUAUGAACAUAAUCCUCAAGGUGUCCAACGUUUCCUGUCACUUGCCUUGCUUUACCACUUGAAGGACACUUACAGGGGAAUGGUGAUGGAAUUUUGCACCUUGACCGGGAAACGGUACCGAGAUCCAAUGGAAGCAGCGUUUCUGUCGUUUGAUGCCAGAAAAGACACGUUUGUGAACAUUCAAGGAGAAGCCGAAAUGCCAACGUCGCAAGAUAUGGCUGCGGCUGGAUUCAUUUAUACAGGUGAAAGGACAUGCCGCUGUUAUUAUUGUGGCUCUAUCAUUUCUGACUGGUAUGUCAAUGACGACCCUUGGGAAAGACACGCCAUCUUAAACAAAGGGUGUUACCACGUUAUCUUCUCUAAGGGGGAGGACUACAUUCGAAAGGCAAACGGUUGAAUGGUUAAAGGAAAUUCCAAGCAAUAGUAACAUAAAACCCGGAGACAGCAUGCCAAGAGUUGUGUCGGUCCGAUAGAUUGGGAGGAGAGAUUAUAAAUAAAUAGAUUACGUCAUUUGAAUUUAGAUAGCCUUGAGUUGAAACGCUGCAUCUCAUGUUUGAGACAGGAUCUUGUUUAUGCUUACUUAUCAGAUUUAAUAUGCAGAAACUUGUUGUUUUCAAGUGUAUUUUUGUUGUGUUAUCACCGAUAUCAAGAUAUGUUGUAUUUGUUAUUGUUGUCUUUUUAACCUAAUUUCAUUAUAGUGCACUAUGUUUUUCUCUAAUAAACCAUUAUUUACCGUUAUUUGUUUAUAAAGUUUAAAAAUUUCAAUCAAUUCUCAAACAUUUUGCUCAUUUUUCUUCUUAUUCAACAAGUUUGUAUUCAUAUUUGUUUUAUUGUGGAUUUUAUUUAGAUGUUAAAAUUGUUGAAUUUUUGUUUUUGGAAUAAAUGUGAAAUUGAUUUCGA